UCAGAAGGAGAGAGAGAGAGGCGUCAGAGGUUUUUUUAAAGCGCUGCUUUACGUUUCAUAGUUCAGAAGGAUUUAAAGAUUCAUCCAUCUCUGUCUUCUUUAUUUUUAUUAUAUUAUAUUAACAUCCGGGGUUUUUAUUUGUUAAAAACAACUGCUGGACUGUCAACGUUUCCGUUAAGGAUCAGGAUGCCGCGGUCUUUUCUAGUGAAAAAUAAACGGUGCGCGUCCUUCAACGUGCACAGGUCCUAUGAAGAAGAACCGACGGCUCGGACUCCAGAGACCUCAGCCGAGCUCCAGUGCAUGGACUUGUCUCUCAGGUCCGACUCUGAGGAGCAGCUCUCACCGUCCUCUGACAAGGAGGACACAGACGUCUUGUGUCCGAUAUCAGUUCACCCAGAACCAAAGAGAACUCCUGCAGCUGCGGCGCAGCCUUACCUCCUGACGGAGCCACACUUGGCAGACUUCUCCUCGUACUACAAACCCACCUACGCCUGGGAGCCGGUGCCUCAUCCCACCUCCUUUGAGCUGCGUCAGGUGACCUUCAGUCCGACGGUGCUGCAGCACGCCAGCAGUCUGUACAGAGGACACAUCCGCCGAAGUCCAACACCUCAGCAGCCUCUGGAUUUCAGUACGCACUACUCGCCCACGUCCAACACCUACCACUGCAUCACCUGUGACAAGGUCUUCUCCACACCACAUGGGCUGGAGGUCCACGUCCGAAGGUCUCACAGUGGAACCAGACCUUUUGGCUGCAGCAUCUGCAGGAAAACCUUUGGCCACGCGGUCAGCCUGGAGCAGCACAUGAACGUCCACUCACAGGAGAAGAGCUUCGAGUGUAAGAUGUGUGGCAAGUCCUUUAAACGCUCGUCCACUCUGUCCACACACCUGCUGAUCCACUCAGACACCAGGCCGUACCCGUGUCAGUACUGCGGCAAGAGGUUCCACCAGAAGUCGGACAUGAAGAAGCACACCUACAUUCACACAGGUGAAAAACCUCACAAGUGCCAGGUCUGUGGGAAGGCGUUCAGUCAGAGCUCCAACCUCAUCACACACAGCAGGAAACACACCGGGUUCAAACCUUUCGGCUGUGACAUCUGCUCCAAGGGCUUCCAGAGGAAAGUGGACCUGCGUCGGCACCAUGAGAGUCAGCACAGCAUGAAGUGACACACAAACCUGGAACUGUUUUCACAACAGCUGUAAAUAACAUACGACGAGAAUACAUUUUUAUUUAAUGUAAAUACCUGGCUUUAUUUUGGAAGGACUGCUGUGUAGCUAUUUAAUAUCAUGGCCUCCCAUGUCGACCUGUUAUUAUUAGAGAAAAGAUGAAUUAUGAAACUGUUUUCCUGGAAAUGGUAGAAGCUAACAGUUAGCUUCUGCAGGUUGUCUUAGAACAUAGAAUGUGAUCAUGAAGCAACAUUCGGAAACUAUCACUGGUUUUACCUUUUUACAUUAGUAGAAUGUUGAAUUAACUUUAAAAAACACAGCAAAUUAACUGAUUAAAUUAUUCCUCCAGAUCAAGUGACAAAAAUAUUCUUUGGCUAAUUUUAGAUUUUAAAACCCUUUAAAGGCUUUUAUCUGAUCUGAAAUGCUGCGAACUUUGAGUUACGUUUCUUGACAUUUGAGAUUUUACAGUGUAAAAAAAAGUGGAGCUCUGACAACACGGAACACUGAGUUAGCUCAUCUCUAACUCAGGUUUGUUCACUUAAACACUCAAAUUUCACCCAAACCCUUAAAUGUUAAUUUGAUAUUUAGCUAAAAUUAGUUUAAAAUGAGUCAUGAAAAGGCUGCAUAGUUAGGUUUAAAAAAUGAAGUUAAUAUAUUCCUGUCUGUGUAGAUUUGGUUUUUACUUCUUGUUAUUUAUUUGGAACCUUCAGAUUCUGUUUCAUUUCUUUGUUUAUAAUGAAAUAAAAGGUGAAGGGAAGUGAGGAAAAAAAA